AUGGGCGACUCGGAUCCCAAUCCCGCCGCUCCCCGCCGGGGCCCGGAUCCGGCGCCCCAAGGAGGCAACACCACCAACCCCGGGGUGGGGACGGGGACCUCCCUGAGCGUCAUCAGCGAGGGCGUGGGCGAGCUGGCCCUCAUCGACCCCGAGGUGGCCCAGAAGGCCUGCCAGGAGGUGCUGCAGAAGGUGAAGCUGCUCCGCGGGGCCGUCCCCAACGGGGAGGGCUGCGAGAUCCGCUGCCUGGACGAGCGCGAGGAGGAGGAGGAGGGCGAGGAAGGCGCGGCGGCGGCGGCGGCCGACGCGGCCAAGUCAUCGCGGCGGCGGCAGAAGAACAACCCGGCCAAGCAGUCGUGGCUCCUGCGGCUCUUCGAGUCGAAGCUCUUCGACAUCUCCAUGGCCAUCUCCUACCUGUACAACUCCAAGGAGCCCGGCGUGCAGGCCUACAUCGGCAACCGGCUCUUCUGCUUCCGCCACGAGGACGUGGACUUCUACCUCCCGCAGCUGCUCAACAUGUACAUCCACAUGGACGAGGACGUGGGCGACGCCGUCAAGCCCUACAUCGUCCACCGCUGCCGCCAGAGCGUCGACUUCUCGCUGCGCUGCGCGCUGCUGCUGGGGGCCCUGUCCUCAGACAUGCACAUCUCCACCCAGCGCCACUCCCGCGGCACCAAACUGCGCCGACUCAUCCUCUCCGACGAGCUCAAGCCCUCCUCGGGGCAAGGGGGGCAGCAGAGGAGGGGCAGGGAGAUGCCCCUGCCCUCGGGGCAAGGGGUGGUGGCGCAGGAUGGGACGGCGACGGGGUUGUCGCCCUCCAAGAGGACUCACCAGAGGUCCAAGUCGGACGCCACGGCCUCCAUCAGCCUGAGCAGCAACCUGAAGCGCACGGCCAGCAACCCCAAGGUGGAGAGCGACGAGGAGCCUGCCCGCCUGGCCCCGGAGCGGGAGUUCAUCAAAUCCCUGAUUUCCAUCGGGAAGCGUUUGGCCACCCUUCCCACCAAGGAGCAGAAAACCCAACGUUUGGUGUCGGAGCUGUCGCUGCUCAACCACAAACUGCCCGCCCGGGCCUGGCUGCCCACGGCCGCCUUCCAGCACCACGUCGUCAGGGUGCCCCAUUCCCAGGCCGUGGUGCUCAACUCCAAGGAUAAGGCUCCCUAUUUAAUCUACGUGGAGGUGCUGGAAUGUGACAACGUGGACACGGCGAAUGUUCCCGCCCGGAUCCCGGAGAACCGGAUCCGGAGCACGCGCUCGGCCGAGAACCUUCCGGAGGUCGGGAUGAGCCCCGAGCAGAGGACGGGGAGUUUCAGCACCGUCCCCAACUACGACAACGACGACGAGGCCUGGUCUGUGGAUGACAUCGGGGAGCUCCAGGUGGAGCUUCCAGAGGUUCACACCAACAGCUGCGACAACAUCUCCCAGUUUUCCGUGGACAGCAUCACCAGCCAGGAGAGCCGGGAGCCCGUGUUCAUCGCCGCCGGGGACAUCCGGAGGCGGCUGUCGGAGCAGCUGGCGCACACCCCAACCUCCUUCCGCAGGGAUCCCGAGGAUCCCUCGGCCGUCGCCCUCAAGGAGCCCUGGCAGGAGAAAGUCAGGUCAGGAGGGGAAUUUGGGAAGGGAAGGGAAG